UGCCAGCGUUUUGUUUGGAUAAACACGAUCUAAGUUCAUAUAGUUAAUCCACUCGCUUUCUCAGUCUGUCAGUCAGUUUUCUAGUACUGCACUGCUAAGUAGAUUCAAAUUCCUCUGAAGUCUCCUUGCAAUCUAGGGACGGUGCUCUCUUGGCUGUGGUUUUUUCCCUUCGGUCGUUUCUAUUGUGCUGCGACUGACUUGCCAGAAUCUGAUCUCUCUCGUUUCUCUUGCUUGUUGUUGUUGUUGUUGUUACUUGAAUGAUCGACGCUCAUUUUUGCCCUGUCGAUUUUACAUGCGCUCACCUUGCCCAUCGCAUGCCACAAUUAUUAUAAAAUAAGUUGCCAGACAAGAUCUCUGCUGUCCCAGCGUAUCAUGCGACCCGGCUUCUCUGCCGCCCAGGUCGUGAGCGUCGGCCUGGCCAUCGCUCAUCUUCCGUUCGUGAAUGCGCUGGCACCGCGCACCGAAAUCGCCGAUUCCUAUGACUUUGUCAUUGUCGGCGGAGGCCAAGCGGGUCUCGUUAUCGGCGGUCGUCUGUCACAGGCCUUGAAGAACCAUACGGUCUUGGUGCUUGAAGCGGGUGGAAAUGGAGAUGCUUAUCGGGAGCGGAUAGAUACCCCCGCAUAUUCCUACUUUGAUUCUCUAUGGACGACCCCGCUGAACUGGGCUUACUACACUGUUCCGCAACCUAAUGCGGCGGACCGCGAGAUCGAAUGGCCCCGGGGUAAGGUGCUCGGAGGCAGUUCCGCGAUCAACGGAUUGUAUCUGACCCGGCCCGGUGAGAUCGAGAUCAAUGCCUGGAGAGAUCUGCUGGGAGAUAUGGACGGCGCGGAGAAUUGGGAAUGGGACUCCUUCUUCGCUGCGAUGAAGAAGAGCGAGAACUUCACGGCCCCUUCUAGCGAUGUCGCGAAGACGGGAGAUAUCGAAUGGGAUGCUUCUGAUCAUGGCACCCAGGGCCCGAUUCACGCGAGCUACCCUGGCUACAUGUUCGAACAGGUGGGCCAAUGGGUGCAGUCUCUGGCGAACGUUGGCGUUGCCAUCUCAAACCAGAUGUACAACGGUGAACCAUGGGGCGCCGGCGUGUCAACCUCAACCAUCAACCCGACAAACUGGACGCGUUCUUACAGCCGUACCGGAUAUCUCGACCCGCUGCCAGACUUGGGUAACUACGACGUGCUGGCUAAUGCGCAGGUGACUCGCUUGAUUUUCGACACUUCCAACAAGAACAACUUGACCGCCACCGGGGUGGAGUACACGCCAGAUGGCGGAAACACCACCAAGACCGUCAAGGUGAACAAGGAAGUCAUCCUGAGCGCUGGUGCUGUCGGCAGCCCUGCUAUUCUGAUGCAUAGUGGAGUUGGUCCCAAGGAUGUUCUGUCUUCAGCGGGUGUUGAUCUGCUGUCAGAGCUGCCCGGGGUCGGUCAGCACCUGCAGGAUCAUUUUAGCGUUACCGUGACGUGGGAUACCAACCAAGAGACAUCGGGUUCCAUUUACUACGAUAAUGGCAGCCAGAAGAAUGAUACUCUCUACCUCUCGUACAUCGAUGAUGGCGUUGCCUAUGUGAACUCCACCGGGCUCUACGGCACCAACGUUUCCAGUACGCAGCAGAGCAUCCUGGCUGCGAUGGACCAGUACGCGCCGAACACGACUUACGACCAGGGCGUCGUUGCGGGUUACAAGGCGAUUUACAACUCGACGGCCACCAAGAUCUUCACCAGCCCGAUCGGUCAGGUCGAGAUCCUGUUCAUGAACAGUGAUGCUAACGGUGACAUUGGUAUCACCGCUGCGCUCCAGCACCCGUACAGCCACGGCCGGAUCUACAUCAACUCCUCGAACCCGAUGGACUAUCCUAUCAUUGACCCGAACUAUUUCGCUAACCCUUCCGAUUGGGAUAUUCUGCUCCACGGUGUCAAACUUGCCCGCCUCGUUGGCGAGGCCGACCCGUUGAAGAGCACCCUCACCAACGAAACAUCCCCCGGUGCAGCUGUCCAGAGCGACGAUGACUUGCUCCAAUGGAUUCGGGAAGCAGCCGGCACCGAGUUCCACCCCUCGUCGUCCUGCGCCAUGCUGCCUCGCGACCAGGGCGGUGUCGUCGACGCCAACCUUCGCGUCUACGGUCUCGCCAACGUCCGCGUCGCCGACUCCAGUGUGCCCCCAACGGCCCUCUCUACGCAUCUGAUGGCGUCGACAUACGGAGUCGCUGAACUCGCAGCCGAGAUCAUCAGCAAAUUCUACAACCCGUCGACUGCAACCGCGCCGCUGCUCAGCUCAUCCACCAACGCAACCAAGACCGCCAACAGCACCGCCAGCGCGAGUAGCUCCAAGAAAACCAACGGCUCCAAUACCAACGGCACCCCGUCGUCAUUACAUAUUUUCACGUCCCUCCUUUUCGUCGUUGCCGUCAUGUUCUCGUCUCUAUGAAGGGAUAGAGAGGGAAAGAGAGACUGUUCGUUUUUUUGUUUAUGUUUGGAAUUGAGAGAUUGAGAUGAGAUAUCACUUUGGAUUGUUUCACAUUUUGGAUUCAUGUUCUAUACAUUUAGACCACAUCACAUACAUAUGGCAGUAGCUGCUCUUCCAUUUUUUUUUUUUUUUUUGGAGCAGAAUAACGAGGAAGGUCCCCGGCAUGGUGUUGAGCGAUUCUUGAUUUGAUUCUUGAUUCUUGAUUCUUGUUUGGUUGGUUGGUUAGUGAGAUGAAUCUCAGUAUAUAGUUAUGAAUACCAAUGAAUGCCAAUACCAUUUUACGAAGUGAAAUGGGAGAAAUCGAUUUUAUGUUAUUUUUGUUUUGAUGAAUGAAG